GACAGUCAUGCAUUGUGUUGUAAUCUUAAAUAUUGUGUUACUAUGACACCAAGUCCAUGUUCACAAGGCAAGAAAUCGAAUGAAUCAUUGAGAAAAUCGGAUACAUCUACCAUGAGUACAAAAUCAAAUAAUCCCAUAGUUAAUUUAACAGCCGCAUUCUUAGCUAAAAGACCACGUGCUCAUUCCCCAGUUUGUGGUAACUCAAAGGAUUGUGUCACUCCAUUAGUUAAAAAUACUUUACACGGUCGAACACUUGAUUUCCGAAUACGUCGUACACCUACCUACACAUACUGUUUUACGUAAUCAAAAUGUAAAUAUGAUUCGUUCUCCUGUAUCAACAAUUUAUAGUCAUUCAAAUGGAAAAUCAUCUAAAUCAAAUGAUACAACUGUAAUAAUAACAACAAUCUUAACGGCAAACAAAAAAAAAGAAAGAAAGAAAGAGAGAGAAGCACAACAUUGAUUCAUCAUAUUCAUACAUCUUUUCAAUUGUAUUGUACAUAUCAUCAAUUUUAUGUUUGAUAUCAAUCAUUUUAAUAUUGUGUAAUUAUUGUAUUAUAUUCUCAUGGCAAAAGUGUAUACAGAUCAAUAUUGUGUUAACAAAUUGUUUCUUUCUUUCUUUCUUUCUAUUCAUAAUUUCAGUGAAUUUCUUUUAUUUCUAUUUUGUUUAUUUUCUUUUCUAUGUUUUAUACAACAAUUUCGAAUGAUGAUUGUAUUUCCCUUAUUCCAACCUUCAUUGAAUUUUGUUUACCGGCAACGAACUCAUCCACGUUAACGGUUAAAUGUGACGUAGAAUAA